ACAUGUUCAGAUUUAGGACAUGCAUUACUAUUUAAAUGUACUAAGAAAUCUGCUUUUCUUGGAUAUUGUAUGUGAAGAGAGAUUAUUAUUUAUAGACAAAUGGUACCAUAGUUAGCUUUGGAUUCAUAAAAGUGAUGUCAAGUUUCCUUCGCAAACUAGUGCGGAAAAAGUAUGUGGAUCCCUUCAGUAUCACAGACACCAAGUUAUCCAGAUGUUUGACCACAUUAGAUUUAACUGCCCUAGGGAUAGGGAGUACCCUGGGAGCUGGGAUCUAUGUUGUGGCUGGUCAGGUAGCCAAAGACACAGCGGGCCCAGCUGUCAUCCUGUCGUUCCUUAUAGCAGCUUUAGCCUCGGUGUUAGCAGGUUUAUGCUAUGCUGAGUUUGGAGCCAGGGUCCCUAAGACAGGGUCAGCCUAUGUGUACAGUUAUGUCACAGUCGGAGAGUUCAUGGCCUUUGUCAUUGGGUGGAACCUGAUCCUGGAGUAUGUGAUAGGGACGGCUAGCGUAGCUCGUGCAUGGAGCUCGUACUUUGAUUCACUGAUCCAUAAAUCCAUCCAAACCUUCUUCAGGGACAACAUGCCCAUGAGUAUUGGGGGUCUAUCUCCUUAUCCAGAUUUCUUUGCUUUUGGCAUCACCCUCCUACUCACAUGUAUACUAACUUUAGGAGUGAAAGAAUCCUCAAGGUUUAACAACAUUUUCACAGGAGUGAACCUUCUGGUGGUGUUGUAUGUUGUCAUUUGUGGAUUCAUUAAGGCAGACCUGAGUAAUUGGUCUCUACCUAAACCUGCGCUGAACUCUACAACUGACAAAGCAGGAGAUGGUGGAUUUCUCCCAUUUGGUUUUUCGGGAGUGAUGUCGGGAGCAGCUACUUGUUUCUAUGCUUUUGUGGGAUUUGACUGUAUCGCUACUACAGGGGAGGAAGUCAAGAACCCACAGAAAGCCAUCCCCAUCAGCAUUGUCCUGUCUCUAUUUGGGUGUUUCCUGGCCUACUUUGGAGUAUCGGCAGCCAUUACUCUGAUGAGUCCUUACUACCUCCUAGACCAUGAUGCUCCCCUCCCCGAGGUCUUCUCUCAAGUGGGCUGGGACGUGGCCCGAUAUAUCAUAGCUGUGGGGGCAGUAUGUGGUCUCUCCACCAGUCUCCUUGGUGCCAUGUUUCCAUUGCCCCGAGUCAUCUAUGCAAUGGCCAGUGAUGGUCUACUCUUUCAGUUUCUUGGUACUGUUAGUGAGAGGUUUAAAACACCUGUGGCAGGCACGCUUCUGUCUGGACUGUUUGCAGGGUUCAUGGCAAUGAUGUUUGACCUUAAAGAGCUAGUGGACAUGAUGUCCAUAGGAACCUUGUUAGCAUAUACUCUUGUAGCUGUUAGUGUUUUAUUGUUAAGGUACAGAGUGAAUUCCUUUAACCAAUACAGGGCAGAUGACGGAGAUUCAUUGAUAUUAAAUGACACCAGUUCAGUCGGAUAUUUACAACAAAUGAUCAACCAUAAACUUCUCGCUCCUACUCACCUGUCAGAAACUGUCUCAUUUUGGAAUAUCACCAUUAUAUGUGUGUUGAUCAUUGCCGAGUCUUUAAUACUCAUUUUUCUUGAGGACUUCAUUUCAUCUGGUGUUUGGUGGUCCAUAGCACUAGUUAGUGUUGUUGGUCUCCUCAUAUUCAUUCUUGUUUAUUCAACAUGGCUACAACCCCAAAAUCAGGAUUUAGUCAACUUUAAGGUGCCUCUUCUUCCAAUCCUACCUGUGAUCAGUGUCUUUGUUAACGUUUAUCUAAUGCUCAAACUGUCAUCUGCCACUUGGAUCAGGUUUGGAGUUUGGAUGUUUUUGGGGUUCAUUAUCUACUUUGCCUAUGGAGUUUGGUUCAGUCUUGUAAAUGAAACGCUGCCAAAUUUCACAAUUGUGAACGAAAGAGAGGACGAACAGAAUGAAACACGCCCUCUCCUCAAAUAGAGCAUGCAGAUUUAAAACAAGAAUCUUCCUGAAUAAAUCAAUUUUGUGUGAUUGGAUCAAAGCAGCUAGGUUUUAAAAAAGAAUUCCAUAAAUUUUUAUUAUUUGUUAGCUGUGAUAUUAUAUAUCGUCAUUGUAUGUGAUGAAAGUGAUAUUUAAUGUGGAUGGUGGAUUUAAAUGUGAACUUUAUUUAUGGAGUCAAUCAUGGAAGUUAAAUACUAGUCUUGUUGAUAGACAUUUUAGUCACGGGGAGAGAGAACACAGAAACUCACAACAGUAGGUGCCUUGCACCUGGCAGGUUGCUUGGGUACUUGGGAGUCAACUAUCAAAGUGUUGUAGACAAUAAGACAAUAGAAUUCUUAAUCAUAUUAUUGAUGAUUAUUUGUAGUUGACAGCUUUUUUUAUGCAUAGUCAUGAUUAUAAUGUUUACAUUAGAUGUAAAUAUACAUGCAUGACUACCUAUAAAUCAAGUCAGUUUACGGGAAACUUCUCUAAGAAAAUGGUUACUGUCCAUUGUAAAAAGAAUAAGUAAGUGAUCAUACCAACUGUUCUUAAAUGUAAUGUUUCUUUCAAAUAUCAUCUUUUAAUGUAUAUUAACCAAAUUAUCCGUUUCAAGGGCUAUAAUGGGUUCAUAAUUGAAACUGGUAAAAUUGAAAUGAUUAAUUGCAUGCCAAAAUCUUCAAAUAGUGUCAUGAUUCUUUCCAACCAUGAUACUCUUGUCAAUGUGCUUUAAAACAAAACAUAUAAAGGUAUGGCCUACCAUAAUGUUAUUUUGUUUCAAUGAUGAUUGCAUCUGGCAUUUCAAUGAAAAUAAUAGAAGAUACAUUCGUUGGCAAAACAUUUUAUCGGUUCAUUUUUCUUACUCUUUUGAUACAUAAUUAGAUCAGGUGAUAACUAUAUUAUGAUAUGUGUACCUUUCAAUUUUCUAAGAAUUCAAAUCUCAUAAAAUAGUGUUUUAUUUUUUGUUCUAACGGAUACUCCAUUUUGUUUAUUGUCUGUUUCCUUUGGUCUUCGUGACGUCCGUUAACAAUUUUACAUUAAUUUUUUAACUUCUUGAAAACUAUUAAAAGACCAAUUGUUACCAUUUUUGGUUUUAAGCAUCUAAAUAUAAAGGGUAUCUAAAUUGUGUUUAUGACCUUACGACAGGGCCAAAGAAUGACAAAUUUCAAAAUUCUCCUUCUUUACUUCAAGGCACGUGGCAAAAAAAAAUAUAAAUGCAUGAAUUCCAAAAAGCCAUCUACCAAUAUUGUAAAAUUCAUGGCACCAAGGUCAGGGGUUCAGACCCUAUGGUUGGGCCAAUAUGGCCAUAUAGUAAAAAUGUAUUAACUCUUUGAAAAUCUUCUUCUCUAAUCCCAUAUAGUUAAUAUACUAUUUUUUUGUCAGUCUGUGAUGUAUGUACUUAUCAUGUUCCUAUGUUAUGUUUUAAUAUGAAAACCUUUGAGACGAUUGUCUUACGGAAAUAAAGAACUUGAAAAUG